GAUUAGACAGACAGGAAGGCGCUGCAGCAUGAAACAGUGUCUCCAGCAGCAGUUCUGACUGGGGAAGAAGUUGUAUGUUUGUGGCUCGUUUCAUUUGCUCGCUAGUCCUCAAGUAGAGUCACUCCUCAGCGAUUCUUUCAAAUUCACACUUGAAAUUGUUCUACUCCUGCUGUCGUGAGAAUUAUGGCAUUAACAAACGAAAAAUAUUUUUCGAAAGCAUUUCACAUCCGUUGACACCUACAUACAACUUCAACAAGCCCAUGACUCAAAAAGGAGCAUCUGAGGGCCAAAAUUAUCAAGCUCUCUCAUGGAGAUGAAGGCACAUUACGAUUCUCUUCUGGAUCGAAGCAAACGCAUUGUGUGGCAGGACGACUGCUACGUGGAUCUCCAGUCUACGUCCUGCUCCAACUCUUCACAAGCAGAAACAGAGGAUCUUGGCUGGAUCCAAAAGCAUCGAGACCAGCUGAAACGCUUCAGUACGAGCUCCUUCCUGGAGGGGAUGUUCACCCACCUGAGAAAGGUGGAAGUGCUGACUUCAGCUGAGGAGACCAAGAUCAAGGAAGCAGGCCAGCUGCAAGACCAAGUUAACAUGCUCACAACCUUUGUCUCUGGCAAGGAUACUCAAGGCUCUGAUGCCCUCCGGGGCUUCAUAGAGAGCUCAGAUUCUCAUGUGGCCCAGCUCAUCAUAAACUACGAUUCCAUGGUGAAGGAGCACAAAGAGGUGCUGUUACAGCGAUAUGAGCAGUACAGAGACAGCUGCCCCAAGCUGAACAUCUCCUCAAGAACCUUACUUCUGGUCGAUGGACUUUCCGACCUCCAGCAAAAAGAACACGACUUAAUGCAGGUGGGGGUGACUCGAGGAAGGAAAAGAAAUCAUCUCAGACAGCUGGGGCUGGCCAAACUCUGGGAGCCCCUGACCCGGGUCAGUUUGCCUCCCAGGGUCUCACUCACGGUCGGGGUGGCUGGUAUCGGCAAGACAACCUGGGUCCGACACUUCAUCAGGCAGUGGAGCCAGGGGGCCAUCUGCACAGAUGUGAGCUUUGUCUUGCCUUUCACUUUUUGCGAGCUAAACUCAUUGGAGAAGCUUUCUGCGGAGAGGCUGGUGAAAAUUGCUUUUCCUCAUUUAACGGAUCCCAGUCUGGUCCUCAGCAGCUCCUGCCGCACACUGCUCAUACUUGAUGGUUUGGAUGAAUUCCGCUGCUCUUUAAAUUUCUCUGAUGCAGCUCCUUGCAGCGACCCAAAGAAAGAAGUGCCCAUUGAUGACCUUGUUACUAACAUCAUUCGGGGGAAUCUGCUCCCUGACAUAGCAGUGUGGCUGACGUCCAGGCCAGGAGUGGCCUCACUCAUCCCUGGAGGAUUGGUUGACAGGGUGACUGAGAUCCCAGGAUUCAGCCCGAAGGACAUCCAGCUCUUCCUAAGCCAUCAUUUCUCUGAGAAGGAUUUUGCCAGUAAAAUAUGGGCACACUUGGAGUCCAAUAAGAUCUUUAUGGUGAUGUGCUACAUACCAUGCAUUUGCUGGAUAGUAGCUGAUACUCUGAUGUACAUCAUGCAGAGUGGUACACAAGAGAGCCUUCCAAGGACUUGUACUGAGCUGUAUGCUCACUUUUGUUCCAUGAAGGCAGAAGUAGGUGAACCAAGAGGCAGGGAGCCUGUAAAAAUGGAGCAGCUCCAUGGGAGCAAUCGUAAACUGCUGGGAAAUCUUGGACGACUGGCAUUUUAUGGGCUCCUCAAACACAAGUACACCUUCAGUGAGCAGGACCUCAGGGCCUAUGGGAUAGAUCUACUGUUAACUCAGUGCAGUCUUGGUGCUGGAGUUCUUGUUCGGGAGGAGUCGCCCAUAUACACAACAUACCGGUUCACUCAUUUGACUCUGCAGGAGUUUAUUGCAGCUAUUUACUACCAUGUCUCCUCUAAGCGGGCCAUCUUUGACUUAUUCUCAGAAAGCACAAUGUCUUGGCCCAAGAUCGGUUUCCAGAACCACUUUAGAAGUGCCUUUCAGCAUUCACAACAGGCUGAAGAUGGUCACUUGGAUGUGUUUGUGCGCUUCCUGACAGGCCUGCUGUCCUCAGUGGCACUGAAACCUCUCGCUGGGCUUCUAGCCCUCGGUAAAGAAGAUGGCAACCAGAAGGCAUGGGCAGCAGGGUUUUUACAAGGCCUCUUGGUCAGCGGGGGAGCUGUUGUGUCCCUACGUGCAGUCAACCUGGCUUAUUGUUUACAGGAGCUGCAACACACAGAGCUGUUGCGGAGUGUAGAGGAAGAUUUACAGCUUGGUAGCCUGGCAGGGAAGUUAACACGGGCUCACUGUGUUGUGCUGGGCUACCUGCUGCAUGUGUCUCCAGAGUGCGGCGAACAGACCAACUUAACAGGCUCGCUGAACUACGCGACAGUGAAAUGUUUGCUCCCACAGCUGCUGUACUGCAGCCAUCUCAGGUUAGAGAACAAUCAUUUCAAAGAUGAUGUCAUGGAGUUGCUGGGAAGCCUCCUCAGUGCCAAAGACUGCCAUAUCCAGAAGAUAAGUUUGGCAGAGAAUGCCAUCAGCAACAAAGGUGCCAAAGCCCUGAGUCGAGCCCUCUUGGUGAACCGGACGCUAACGUCUCUCAAUCUCCGGAACAACAACAUCGGCUCUAAAGGUGCGAAGUUCCUGGCAGAGGCUCUGAAAAUGAACCAAGCCCUGGUAUCAGUCAACUUCCAGAACAAUGCCAUUGAGGAGGAAGGUGCUCAGGCCCUUGCAGAAGUACUGCAGUGCAACCGCAAACUGGUGUCUCUGAAUAUGCAGAAGAAUACGAUUGGAGCAGGAGGAGCCAAAAGGAUUGCAGAUGCACUGAAGACAAACCGGACUCUCACAAAGCUGAAUCUUUGUAGCAACCAGCUUGGGGACAAAGGAACAAUCGCUCUGGCAGAGGCUUUGACAGUCAACCACACUCUGCUCUCACUUCAACUUCAGAGUAAUUCAAUCAGCAACAGGGGGAUGACAGCCUUAACCAAAGCACUUCGGCUAAACUGUGGCCUUGUCUCCUUGAAUUUAAGGGAGAACUCAAUUGGGGUGGAGGGAGCAAAGAACAUGGCCCAAGCCCUCCAUGAAAACAACUCUCUACAAGACCUCGAUCUCACAGCCAAUCUCUUGCAUGAUGAAGGGGUUCAAGCUAUAGCUGCCGCAAUCAAGUUCAAUCAAGGCCUCACCUCUUUGCAUCUCCAGUGGAAUUUCAUCAAGUCCUCUGCCACUAAAGCUCUGGCCCAUGCUCUCCACUCCAAUGCCACAAUGCAGCUCUUGGAUCUACAGGAGAAUGCUAUUGGGAAUGAAGGCGUCAUUUUUCUUGCUGAAGCCCUGAAAAACAACGCAUCUCUAUGUACAUUAUGUCUUCAGGGAGUCUCAGCAGGCACAACCGGUGCCAUUGCAUUGGCAGAGGCUCUAAUGACCAACCAAACCCUGCAAACAUUAGAUUUACGUGGGAACACCGUAGGGAUGAAAGGAGCGAAGGCUCUGGCUAACGCAUUGAAAAGCAACAGAAGCCUCAAGUCGUUGAAUCUGCAGGAGAACUCUCUGGGUAUGGAUGGAGCCAUAUUCAUUGCAACGGCCUUGAAGGGAAACCACCAGUUGACAUAUAUCAAUUUGCAGGGAAAUGGCAUUGGAGAAUCUGGGGCAAAAGUCAUAUCUGAUGCUAUAAGAGCCAACGCUCCAGGCUGUGUCGUGGACAUCUGACCAAGAACAGCCUCUGCUGAGGGAGGUCACAUGCAGCAGAGAAAUAAUAUUAUGCAGUGUUAUCAAAAGAUGUAAACUAUGUAAUUUAAUUAAACGUUAGCUGUAUAUUAGUACUGGCUAUCACUCUGUAACUGUUAUACUAGUUUCACUGUGUUUUUGAAUACAUAUUCACAUAUUUAUAAUGACAUUAUUAUUGAAGUAUCAGUUGCUAUAAGAGACGACAUUUUCUGUUAAUGUGAAAUACACUCAGCAUCCAUAAGUAAAGAGUGGAACUGCGUCUAUCUUUAGUUGUCCUGAUUAAUGGUGCUAUCAGACCAAAGUGAAGCGAGCGUUGGGGGCAGUGGCUUUACAUACAAUGUCAAUGCAAAUGACGCUGAGUAGCGAUAGCCUAUCAGCGUUGAGAUUGUCCGGACGUCACCGAUGGCUUCAGAGCGUUGUUUGGAGAGGGCCAAGCUGAGCGAACGCAGGCUGACCAGGCUGAAGUGAAACGCUGCUGGCUGAUUGAGAGCUGCUGUGGGGAGAAGUUAAGGACAGAGCAGCGCUGCAGCUUUUGGACAAAUAAACUCCCGUAGUCGGACUGGAUUGUGCUCUGACAGCUACACCGUCUACCCACGGGAGGAGGUCGGAGUAAACUGCUUUCAUGAAAUUAGCUUUUUACUUUAGUUCUUGGGAUUACAACAUUGAUUUAUUUUCACUGGAGCUUCUCCGCAGCAAGCUUCCGUGCAUAUCCGGUUCCGAUGUUGUUGUUGGCUGGUUGGCACCCAGAGCUCUGUUGGACUGCUACUUCAUAUUUAUAAACCGGACGCAACUUGUCGUUGCUUAGAGAAAAUAAACGAGGAAGUUGAACUAC